GUCUCGGUGGAGAAUAGUCGUGGCCUGAUUCCAUGAUCUAUCGCCUCCAGAAUCGAAAGAAAAUGGCAUUUCGGAAAAAUCGCCCACAAUCUGUGAUGGUAACCCUUUGGAAUGUCCCAAAAAUUGACACGAAAUAAAUCUGACAAAUCGGUGCUUAAUGGACUUAAUCAACGUUGAAGAAUAGCCUCAGGCCGAAUCCGUGAUUCGUAGCAUUCAAAAACCAAAGAAAAUGGUUUUUCGUAGGCAAAAAAAUUACGAAAAAUGGCAUCCGAAGAUAAAUUGGCCCAAAUCGGUGCUUUAUGGACUUAUCAUCUGUCGAGAAUAGGAUCAAUACACUUCAUUAUCAGUGGAGAAUAGCCUCGGCCUAAUUACGAUAUUUGUAGUCUCCAUAAUCAAAAGAUAAUGGAAUUUCGGAAAAAUAGCACGAAAUCUGUGAUGGUACCCCUUUGGAAUCUACUCAAAAUUGACCUGGAAUAAAUCCUCCCAAAUCGGUACUGAAUGGACUUAAUCGUCGUUGAAGAAUAGCUUCAGGCCAAAUCAGUGAUAUGUAGCCUUCAAUAUCUAAAGAAAAUGGUCUUUCGUCGCCUAAAAAAUUACUAAAAUGUCAUUCGAAGAUAAAUUGGCCCAAAUUGAUGCUUAAUGGACUUAUCAUCUAUCGAGAAUAGGAUUAAUACAUUUCAUUAUCUAUGGAGAAAAGUCUCGGCCUGAUUACGUGAUCUGUAGUCUCCAUAAUCGAAAGAAAAUGGAAUUUCGGAAAAAUAGCACGAAAUCUGUGAUGGUACCCUUUUGGAAUAUGCCAAAAUUUGACCUGGAAUAAAUCCGCCCAAAUCGGUACUGAAUGGACUUAAUUUUCGUUGAAGAAUAGCUUCAGGCCAAAUCAGUGAUCUGUAGUCUUCAAUAUCUAAAGAAAAUGGUCUUUCGUCGCCUAAAAAAUUACUAAAAUAUCAUUCGAAGAUAAAUUGGCCCAAAUCGAUGCUUAAUUGACUUAUCAUCUAUCGAGAAUAGGAUCAAUACACUUCAUUAUCUAUGGAGAAAAGCCUCGGCCGUAUUACGUGAUCUGUAGUCUCCAUAAUCGAAAGAAAAUGGAUUUUCGGAAAAAUAGCACGAAAUCUGUGAUGGUACCCCUUUGGAAUAUGCCAAAAUUUUGAUUUGGAAUAAAUCCGCCCGAAUCGGUGCUUAAUGUACUUAAUCGUCGUUGAAGAAUUGCCUCAGGCCAAUCCGUGAUCUGUAGCCUUCAAAAUCCAAACGAAAUGGCAUUUCGUCACCCAAAAAAUUGCAAAAAUUCCAUCUGAAGAUGAAUUGGACCAAAUUGGUGCUUCCAGGAGUGAUCAUCCAUAUGGAAUAGGAUCAAUAGACUUCAUUAUCGGUCGAGAAUAGCCUUGGCCUUUUGUCGCCCAAAAAAUUACGAAAAUGGUAUCCGAAGAUAAAUUUGCUCAAAUCGGUGCUUAAUGGACUUAUCGUUCAUUGAGAAUAGAAUCAAUAGACGUCAUUAUCGGUUGAGAAUAGCCUCUGUCUAAUUCUACGAUCUGUGGCCUCUAGAAUCGUAAGAAAAUGUUAUUUCGGAAAAAUCUCUCAAAAUCUGUGAUGUUAGCCCUUUGGAAUCAGUCAAAAAGUGACUUGGAAUAAAUCCGCCCAAAUCGGUGCUUAAUGGACUUAAGCAUCGUUGAAGAAUAGCCUCAGGCCGAAUCCGUGAAAUAUAGCCAUCAAAAUCCAAAUAAAAUGGUCUUUCGUUGCACAAAGAUUUACGAAAAUGCCAUCCGAAAAUAAAUUGCCCGAAAUCGGUGAUUAAUGGACUUAUCAUCAGUCGAUAUAGGAUCAAUAUACUUAAUUAUCGGUGGUGAAUCGCAUCGAUCUAAUUGAGUGUUCUGUAGCCUCCAGAAUCGAUAGAAAAUGGUAGUUCGGAAAAAUCGCCCGAAAUAUGUGAUGGUACCCCUUUGGAAUCUACCAAAAAUUGACCCGGAAUAAAUCCAACCAAAUCGGUGCUUAAUGGACUUAAUCAAUGUUGAAGAAUAGCCUUAGGAAGAAUACGUGAUCUGUAGCCAUCAAAAACCAAAAAAAUGGCCGUUCGUCGCCCAAAAAAUUACGAAAAUGCCAUCAGAAGAUAAAUUGGCCCAAAUCGGUGCUUAAUAGACUUAUCAUUUGUCGGGAAUAGGAUCAAUACACUUCAUUAUCUGUGGAGAAUAACCUCAGCCUGAUUACGUAAUAUGUAGCCUCCAUAAUCGAAAGAAAAUAGAAUUUUGGAAAAAUAGCACGAAAUCUGUGAUGGUACUCCUUUGCAAUAUGCCAAAAAUUGACCUGGAAUAAAUCCGCCCAAAUCGGUGCUUAAUGGACUUAAUCGUCGUUGAAAAAUAACCUCAGGCCGAAUCAAAGAUCUGUAGCCUUCAAUAUCCAAAGGAAAUGGUCUUUCACCGCCUAAAAAAUUACUAAAACGCCAUCCGAAGAUAAAUUGGCACAAAUCAGUGCUUGAUGGACUUAUCAUCUGUCUAGAAUAGAAUCAAUAGACUUCAUUAUCUGUGAAGAAUAGAAUCGGCUUGAUUACGUGAUCUGUAGCCUCCAUAAUCGAAAGAAAAUGGAAUUUUGGAAAAAUAGCACGAAAUCUGUGAUGGUACCCAUUUGAAAUCUGCCAAAAAUUGACCUAGAAUAAAUCCCCCCAAAUCGGUGCUUAAUGGACUUAAUCGUCGUUGAAGAAUAGCAUCAGGCCGAAUCUGUGAUCUGUAGCCUUCAAAAUCCAAAGAAAAUCGCCUUUCGUCGUCAAAAAAUUACGAAAAUGCCAUCCAAAGAUAAAUAGGCCAAAAUCGGUGGUUAAUGGACUUAUCAUCUGUCGAGAAUAGGAUCAAUAGAUUUCAUUAUCAAUGGAUAAUAACCUCGGCUUGAUUACGUGAUCUAUAGCCUCCAUAAUCGAAAGAAAAUGGAAUUUCGGAAAAAUAACACGAAAUCUGUGAUGCUUGGAAUCUGCCAAAACUUGACCUGGAAUAAAUCCGCCCAAAUUGGUGCUUAAUGAACUUAAUAUUCAUUGAAGAAUAGCCUCGGGCCAAAUCUGUGAUGUGUAGCCUUCAAAAUCCAAAGAAAAUGGCCUUUCGUCGCCCAAAAAAUUGCGAAAAUUACAUCUGAUUAUGAAUUGGCCCAAAUUGGUGCUUAAAGGAUUUAUCAUCCAUCCAGAAUAGGAUCAAUAGACUUCAUUAUCGGUGGAGAAUAGCUUUGGCCUGAUUCCAUUAUCCUGUAGCCUCCAGAAUCGUAAGAAAAUGGCAUUUCGGAAAAAUCGCCCAAAAUCUGUGAUGGUACCCCUUUGGAUUGUGCCAAAAAUUGACCCGAAAUAAAUCUGCCCAAAUUGGUGCUUAAUGAACUUAAUCAACGUUGAAGAAUAGUCUCAUGCUGAAUCUGUGAUCUGUAGCCUUCAAAUCCAAAGAAAAUGGUCUUUUGUCGUCCAAAAAAUUGCAAAAAUGCCAUGCAAAGAUAAAUAGGCCAUUCGGUGGUUAAUGGACUUAUCAUCUGUCGAGAAUAGGAUCAAUAGACUUCAUUAUUGGCGGAGAAUAACCUCGGCCUGAUUAUGUGAUCUGUAGCCUCCAAAAUCGAAAGAAAUUAGAAUUUCGGAAAAAUAGCACGAAAUCUGUGAUGGUACCCCUUUGGAAUCUGCCAAAAAUUGAUCUGGAAUAAAUCCACCCAAAUCGGUGCUUAAUGGAUUUAAUCGUCGUUGAAGAAUAGCCUCAGGCGGAAUAUGUGAUCUAUAGCCUUAAAAAUCCAAAGAAAAUGGCCUUUCGUCACCCAAAAAAUUGUGAAAAUGCCAUCCAAUAAUAAAUUGGCCCAAAUCGGGGCUUAAUUGACUUAUCAUCCGUCGAGAAUAGGAUCAUUAUAAAUCAUUAUAAGUGGAGAAUAGCCUUGGCCUGAUUCCAUGAUCAAUAGCCUCUGGAAUCGAAAGAAAAUGACAUUUCGGAAAAAUCGCCCAAAAUCUGUGAUGGUACCCCUUUGGAAUGUGCCAAAAAUUGACACGAAAUAAAUCUGCCAAAUCGGUGCUUAAUGGACUUAAUCAACGUUGACGAAUAGCCUCAGGCGCGAAUCCGUGAUCCGUAGCCUUCAAAAACCAAAGAAAAUGGUUUUUCGUCGCCCAAAAAAUUACGAAAAAUGCCAUCCGAAGAUAAAUUGGCCCAAAUCGGUGCUUAAUGGACUUAUCAUCUGUCGAGAAUAGGAUCAAUGCACUUCAUUAUCUGUGGAGAAUAGCCUCGGCCUAAUUACGAUAUUUGUAGUCUCCAUAAUCGAAAGAAAAUGGAAUUUCGGAAAAAUAGCACGAAAUCUGUGAUGGUACCCCUUUGGAAUCUACCAUAAAUUGACCUGGAAUAAAUCCGGCCAAAUCGGUGCUUAAUGGACUUAAUGGUUGUUGAAGAAUAGCCUCAGGCCAAAUCAGCGAUCUGUAGCCUUCAAUAUCUAAAAAAAAAUGGUCUUUCGCCGCCUAAAAAAUUACUAAAAUGUCAUUCGAAGAUAAAUUGGCCCAAAUCGGUGCUUAAUGGACUUACUUAAAACAACAAUCACUUGACUUAGUUGGCUAGAUAAUAGAUAAUCACGGAGUAAGCACUAGAUCUAGACCCCGGGUUGAUAAUAGAACUUGCCACUUUACUGCAUUCCCAGACUGCGAUUACACUUGGUCGCAGUUUGGUGUUGUGUUUUGGCGUGUCAAGUUUUUGGCGCCGUUGCCGGGGACUUUCUAGAUUAUUAGGAAAGGCAGAAGUUUGUUACUUUAGCGUUUUUCUUUUGUUUUCCGCCCUUGCUUUUCACUUGGGUGUUUUUUUUUUUGUUUUUUUUUUGUGCUGAUCUGAAUCAUGGACCCUCAUGGCUUCUCCAAUCAUUGGGGGUAUCCACCACCAUCCGAGUGGUAUUACCCCGAGAAUCCCUGGAGUAACCAAGGAGGAGAAGACUAUGGAGUCGGGUUUCAGUACCAACCCCCCUACUACGAAGAACAAUCAGACCCCUGGGUAUUUCAAGAACAAUCUCCUUAUCAAGAAGAAUUCCUCCCACAACAAGAAGGACCAUCAGAUCUUGGGUUUGCCACAGCCUUCACGGACGAUCCGGCAGAGCCAUGCUACACUCCACAACCAGAUCCAAACUAUCACUUGAGGCUUCUCGUGGAGCAGAUUGCUCGAGUACCUGAGAGAUCCUUUCCCGAGAUGGAUCCUCAUAUCCAGGCCAUUUCCCAAACUGACUUCUCAUUUCCCCAUGAAAUAGAGGAUACCCUUCGGAGCAUAAAGGAGCACAUAGAGGUCAUUGAGAAAGCCUGUUCACAGUUUUCUCAAGACAACCUUUAUGCUGCCAUACAAGUAGAGGUGGAGGAAGAAGAAGGCAAUCAUGAGGAUGUUGAGGAGCAUACAGAAGUUGUCAAGGAAAGCUCCCAUGAUAAUCAUGAUCAAGUGUAUUCUCUGGUGGUAGAUCACAACUUUUCCCAUUUCCACUCUGACAUGCUGGGCCCGAGCGAGGAGAUGCAAGCUGAACUUAUUGAGAACCUUGCAUGGCGACUUGCUCUCCAAUCAGUUAUGGAAGAAGAAGAGAGAGAAAGGGUGAGGAAAGAAGUUGUGGAGGAUGAGGAAGAAAGCAAAGAAGAGGUAAUUCUUGAUCUUUUUCGAGGAGAGAGACCACAUUUUGAAGAAGGAAGGGGGGUUGAAGAAGCGAGUGGUGUCCAGGCUGAGGAUGAAGUUGAGGUGGAAGAGGCUUGCACCGGCCCUAUAAUACAAGUAAUAUCCCCACCAAACUUCGAGGAACUGCUUAGCAAGGACCCAUUUGCAGUGUCUCUUUGCCAGACCAAGGCCACAUCGACAUCGGUCCCUCUUGGUGGACGCGAUGGUGGCCAAUCGAUGUUGUCAUAUAUGGUUUGGGGCAAUGAGACAAGAGAAGAGAAGAAGAGGUCUCGAGGAUGGAGGCUUCAUCUGCAUCAAGUGCACGAGCUUCCAUCACCAGUCAUACCACAUGCUCGUGACUUGCGACUCCACCUCAUUGACGAGAACCUCAACUUCAAGGAGGUUCUAGCAUGGACCGAAACUUAGGAGCCAUCGUCUGGCUCACGACGUGAAAGAAGCGCUUGUUGGGAGGCAACCUAACCAGUCGGUUUGCAUUUCUCUCUCUAUUUCUCCUCGGUUGAGUCAGUUUUGUUAUUUGAUUUUAGAGUCAAUAACUCAACCUUUGUGAGAUUUUGUGUGGUGUUUGCGUUCUGAUUACUCUCUCUUCCUGGAAUGCACCGCCUGACCCGUCCAUCAUCAUUCACCCUUUAUUUGGUAACUUCGUUCUACCCUCCUUAUCUUUCCUCCAUUGAGGACAAUGUCGUGCUUAAGUGUGGGGGGUGUUCGAUUAUGUAUGCGGGUGAAUGUUUGGCUGUUUGUGUGCUUGGAGCCUAGUCCAUUUUCCAAAUUUUUAAAUUUGAGGGCUCCAAGUACGUGUUUCCUUGCAAAUUGCCUGCUCAGUAUGCUUUGAAUCGACUUCUAUAUAGUAAUGUGCAACCUAGGGAGGUAGUGUAGCACUAUGGAGGAUGUUGAAGUAUAAGAUUUUUCCUAUCUAGCUCUCUGUUGUGCCAGUUGAUUUUGUGAAUUAGUGGAGCUAAGACUGUUGAAUUCAUGUGGUAAUGGUGACUUUGUUUGGAUUGUGUUAUGGACUCAUGUAUCGAACAGGGUGCUCAUAUGUAAAAUGGGAAGCAGUUGGUCCUCCAUGUCGAAAUCAUUGAAAUCUUAAACAUGGGGUACGCCCAACGUGUGUGGCACCGUUCAUUGCACAAAAUCGGGUUUUGGAAGAGAUUUUAGUGAUCCUUAGUGGGGUACUCCUACAAGGUGAAGCUAAGCUGUCCCUAGUACAAGUAAAAUUUUCACCCGUUGAACGGUUUGCCUACUUGAGGAUGUGUUUUUAAGGGCACGGAUAGAGCCUCCGACCCCCCUUGAUUUCAUUGACCCUCCACACGAGUUGAGGAAAAGGAGUUAAAAGAAGUACUCUGGCGAGCGUUAGAUGUACAAAAAUUGCUCUUGCUCGACUAAUAAGGGUCGACCGUGCAAAAGACUGCAGUUGGAACCCCCGCCAAGUGAAUGAAGAAAAAAAAGAGAAAAAGAAAUGUAAAUGAAAGUGUAAAAAGGGGUUCCAACGGUGAAAUGAAGUGAAAGAGCACCCAGGUACAAUGAGUCCUUGGUUGUGAAUGGUGUGAGUCCCUUUGUCCAUGAACUGACUGUCUUACUUCUACUUCUUCUCAUGUUCCUGACUUGAGUCUAGUAUUCGCAUUGAGAGAGAUAGGGGACGUCUUAGAAGACCAGUUGACCUUGUAAGCUGCUAUAUGAUUUAGGAAAUCCUCUACCAACGAUCAGGGUUGUUUGUUUCUAUAGAGGUCUGGAGAGCUGCAUUGGUUUGAGUUAGGUUUGCUUGGGGACAAGCAAACAGUUAAGUGUGGGGGGAUUUGAUGACUCGGUAUUUGCACAUGUUUUCCCCUUUGUUUCUUGAAUGUUUGAGCUUGAAUUAUUGCGUCUUUGUCCUAUUUUAUGCUAGGUUGUGUUCCUUUGUCACAUUUCAGGUCCUAUCACAUAAAGUGAAGCAUAGGAGCAAGUUUCAAAUCAAUCAGAGAUCAAUUGACGAUUCGGGAGAAGAAACUCGGGCAUGACCUGAAGAAGAAUGGAUUUAUACCUGACUUUAUGGACAAAGAAUCAUGAAAUAUUGUCAUGAAAAGAAAGAGGACGAGACUACGAGUGUCUGGGAUCAAACGGGGACUGAUUCGGAGUCCGGACGAGGGAGAAACGAAGCAUUAAACAGAGGCUGAGCAAGCCACACGGGCAUCCUGGAACUCCACACGGCCGUGUGGGUCGUGGCCGUGUGGAAAUCACCGAGCCUUCACACGGGCAGCUGGGAAAGCCACACGGCCGUGUGGCCUGCCCGUGUGGUCGGGAUUUUCUGGUUUUUACCCAAUUUUGGCCACAAGUGAGAGAAUCGAAUUUUCAGAGCAAAAACAGAGCCCUAGAGAGAGAAAGUACGAAGAACACAUCCUAGAAGCAAUCUUGGAGCUGGAUUUCAUCAAGUCGAGCUUGGAGAUCGUCAUAUGAGUGGAAAUCAUCAUCCUAGAGCAGAUUCUUCCCAUUUUUAUGAGUAUGACUGCUUUGUAUUCUAUUUUCCUCUCUCUCUCUCUAUGGAGUAGAACCCUUCUCUCACUUGGGUAUGAAGAACCCUAGUUCCAUGUGUUAGGGAUUUGAUUGUAAUGACUUGGGAUGAUUAUACUGUUUGAUUUUAAUCAAAUGAUGCAUGUUUUAUUGAAUUGAUUAAAGUCUGAUUAGCUUUUCUUGAUUUCUGCUGCAACAUGAGAUAGAUAGAAUCUGAUUAGGUUGUUACAGCUUCUUCAUUCGUUAGUAGGAGAUUGGCUAUACGAGAGUUAGCCAGUUUACUGCUUUGUACUGGAAUCCAAUUCCAGUGGUGGAGUUCUGUGCUUAUUGCUUCAGCUUUCUAUCCCGGUGAAGACUAGUCGUUUGCCGGGUAGUUAGACUGAGAGGGCUUGGUCAGUUUAAGAGAUUCCAAGCUACUGUCGGAUCUUCCGCAAUCUAAUCAACAGUAAAUCAACCCAGGGUAAUUACAAUUGAGACCUAACUAAGGAGCUAGGGGGACUCAUUCCCGAGUGACUCUUCUUUGCUUGAGAAAACCGAACCAAUUCCUGCUUUCUUAGCGUAUCAGCUAUUCUCCACCGAUAAUAAAGUCUAUUGAUCCUA